CAAGGCUGAAAUUUUUAGAGGUUCCAAUCUCACAGGAUUUCGUCAGUCAACAAUUGCGCGCCUGCGCAUCGACUCUAGCAAGAGAAACCACACCAGGCCUGCCUUUUCCCCUCCCCAGCAUGAGAUCGCGAACAUUGGUGCCAAAAACCGUCCCGAACUAGAGUGCCCAGUAUGCCCACGGCUAAGAGACAGAAGAAGAGCAGUGAGGCUCAAGCUACGCCGUCCACUCGAUCCCAAGCGAAGGCUACCGGCGAUCGCCCAACCGUUGCCGACAUCGAGGGAGAGGGUGCCUUCGCUCAGCUGGCAAAGAAGCACUGGCUCAAGACAACUAGAAGCAAGAGGGCGGUCAAGGUCAAAGUCAAGAACGACGUUUUGAAACAGGAGAUCUGGGAUGUUUUAGAGCGCGAUGGAUUUCCGUAUAAGUCCAUUCUGACCUUGGAAAGUCUGCAAACUCUGGAGAGCUACCUUUGGCCUGGCUAUAUCGACGACUCUUCCAACCACCAUGUCUUGCUGGUGGUGUUACUGGUGAAUGCGAAGCGGCGCGAGCAACUCGAGGCAUGGAGUAUAUUCGAGGACCGCCCGGACGAGUUUUCGAGUUUGUUUCGCCGAGUUUUGUCCAUGACGCUUGAUCCAACUCUGUCGCACACAAUUCGGACACACCUGCUGUCAUUCCUGAUAUCAGCCUUCCAGAGCCUGGACUGUGCGAUUGUGAGGAAGGAAUGUGCGCCGCUGGUCUCCAUUUCGAUAUGGCACAACCUUUCAACGGAGGAACUGCGCGAGGAGAAGCUUGAACAGCACGCGCAUGUGAGAAAGGCUUGGCGAGCUGCAGGAAAGAGAUACGAUGCUGCCGACGACGCCACAAAGGCAAAGCUGCGGUUUGACCGAUCUUGGUUGUAUACCUUGAUCUUGCAUUUCUUAAGUCUGAUAUACACAGAAAAUGCCGAACCAGAUCAAGUUCUCUAUUGCGAGCGUUUAGUUGAAUUCUUGACGGACUUGCAGAGCCAGCUCCCAACCCGGAGAUAUGUCAACACUCUCCUUCUCGAUCUCCAUGUGCUGCCUGCCAUGCGUCUAUCCCCUAUGCUUAAUGAUGAAGAAAAUACUCUCCUGCGCGAUCUGAAUGCGCUUCUGCGGCACUACACAUUCUUCACGAUCGACGACCAGACGGGCGCACAGCUGAGCCGUACUGAAGCGUACGACAGACAUUGUGCGAACCUGUCAAGGCUCCAGAAGACGUCUCUGAAGCACUUUAAGGACAAGCUUACAGUCCUGGCGCUCUCAAACUACGGUUCCAUUGACAAACGGGACGAGCUCUCUGGGCUCUUGGAGCCCCUUACCGACGAGGAGGUUGUGAAGCUGGCGACACUACUUCGUCUUCGAACAGCGUAUCCUGAAUCCGUAGGUGUGAGAAUUGACAGGAAGUUUCUCAUCGAGACGCUGCUCUCCACCUUUGAACGGCGGAAAACAUUCCAGGAGGUGGCUCGCGACAUGAGUCUGGCCCCUACUGAGCAAUCCUUGUUCGAGAAUAACGUGAUGAGGACAGACGACUACGAUGGAUCUCACCCCUUAGCAUUGCCGAAGCUGAAUUUACAGUAUCUGUCUGUCGGAGACUUUCUGUGGAGAUCUCUUGUCUUGUACCGGGCGGAGGCCUUCUACGGUAUCAGGAAAGACGUGGAAUCGGCCAUCCGACGUCUUCGGCCCGAGAGUCGUAGGCCAGGAGAGACAGCUUUCCAGGGCUUCUCCAAGAUGGCGUUGCCAACCUCGAAGCCUUCGAUUCUCGAAGUUGCCCCUCCGCGUGUGGGAGAUGACAAGCCAUCUUUGGUUCGAGCAGAGAUCUCCAUAGACGUUCGCCGCUUAAAUGAUGGCAUCAGGCGCGAAUGGGACUCGCUGAGACCAGACGACGUUGUCUUCCUCCUGGCUAUCCAGGCACCGGCCGUCAACAGUAUCACUAACGGAGAUGGCGCACAUUCGGAAGCCGAGAAGCUUGGUAUCGUGUCCAUUCGAUCUGCCGAGAUUAUUCAGAUUACAGACGAAAAGGGCAAAGUGGUUCGCGAUGGUUCAGGUCACUACGACAGUCGUCGGCGGUUUCAGUUGAGGCUAGACCCCAGGACCUAUGUCGCGGAUGUCGAGCGCUCACCUUCAACUCCCCCGGAAGCUUACGAGCAGAUCAAUGUUGUCAUGCGCCGCAGCGGGAGGGAGAACAACUUCAAGCCUGUUUUGGAGUCCAUCCGCAGUCUAUCGCUUUCCGAAGUGCCAAUUGCUUCAUGGUUCCACGAAGUCUUCCUCGGCUAUGGCGACCCUGCCGGCGCAACCUACAAGCAGCUGUCGAACCGAAUCAAAUCAAUCGACUAUCGCGACACCUUCCUGGACUGGCAGCAUCUUACGGGAAGCUUGCCUGGCAAGGUUGUUGAACCUAGAGAUGACGUUUCUGGCAGCUUUGGUCCGCCGUACGUACUGGAGACCGCCGAACGACAAGCCGUUGAGCCACCAUCAAAGCCUUCCAAGAAGCGACGCCGAGGCGUCGAGCCUGCUCUCCUGGCCGAUGUCGAGACUGUAAAGGUAUCGACCUACAAGCCACCGAAUGCAGGCCCGUACCCCGUCGACGCACCAAAGCUGAAUAAGAUACGCUUCACUCCAGCGCAGAUCGAGGCAAUUACAUCGGGAACUCAACCAGGACUGACUGUUAUCGUGGGACCUCCCGGAACGGGCAAGACGGAUGUCGCAACACAGAUCAUCAACAAUAUCUAUCACAAUUUCCCCGAGCAAAAGACGCUUCUGAUAGCGCACAGCAAUCAAGCGCUGAACCAGUUGUUUGCGAAGAUUGUAGCUCUGGACAUCGACGCGCGCCAUCUUCUUCGUCUUGGACAUGGCGAAGAGGAGUUGUACACUGAAGGAAGCUUCAGCAAGCAUGGUCGCGUUGAAUCGUUCCUGGAAAACCGGGAUCGAUGCCUGCAUGAGGUGAACCGCCUGGCCGCCAGCAUUGGCGCGCCAGGUGCUCACGGCAACUCUGCGGAGACGGCCGGCUACUUCAACUCUGUCUAUAUCGCACCAGCCUGGACGAAUUUUACGGAAAUCACCAAGGCAGAUGAUACCACGGCUACUGAUGUUGUCGGAGCAUUCCCCUUCCACCAGUUCUUCUCAGAUGCGCCGCAACCACUAUUCCCGCCCGAGGCAGAUAAGGACACUGUACUGGAUAUCGCCAACGGCUGUUACCGGCAUAUUGCGAAGAUAUUCUCUGAAUUGGCCGACGCGAUGCCGUUUGAAAUCUUGCGCCGGGACAAGGACAAAGCUAACUAUCUGUUGACUAACGAAGCACGCAUCAUUGCCAUGACGUCCACUCAUGCGGCAAUGAGACGCGGGGAGAUUGCAUCUCUUGGGUUCCACUACGACAACGUGGUCAUGGAGGAAGCUGCUCAAAUCACCGAGAUCGAGAACUUCAUCCCCUUGGCCAUGCAAAAGCCGCAGAAGGGACAGAUGGGUCUGCAAAGAGUCGUGCUCUGUGGCGAUCACUUCCAGAACUCUCCAGUCAUCCAGAGCAUGGCAUUUCGCCACUACGCAAACCUUGAGCAGUCGCUCUUCUCACGACUUGUUCGUCUCGGCGUCCCAACCAUCAAUCUCGACCAGCAAGGCAGAGCCCGCCCGUCCAUCGCCAGCCUCUAUCAGUGGCGGUACCCCAAGCUAGGCAACUUGCCGCACGUCGAGGCCGAAGGUGAAUACCUCGCCGCAAACGCAGGCUUCAAGUACGACUACCAGUUCAUCAACGUUCCAGACUAUAAGGGACGCGGAGAGACAGAACCCACCCCUCACUUCAUUCAGAAUCUCGGAGAAGCCGAAUACGCGGUGGCCGUAUACCAGUACAUGCGACUGCUGGGUUAUCCGGCUUCGAAAAUUAGCAUAUUGACAACUUACGCUGGCCAGCGAGCCCUUGUGAAGGACGUCUUAGCUCAUAGAUGUGCUAACAAAGUGGUUUUCGGAAUGCCCAAGGUUGUGACAACUGUGGACAAGUAUCAGGGCGAACAAAAUGAUUACAUCAUUUUGUCGUUGACUCGCACAUCAAGGGUCGGAUAUCUACGUGACAUUCGUCGCAUGACGGUUGCGCUCUCUCGUGCUCGUCUCGGACUGUACAUCCUCGGCCGUCGCGAGAUCUUCGAGGCAUGCUACGAGCUGCGGCAAGCGUUUGAGCUGCUUCUGUCCCGCCCCGAUAAACUUAUGCUUGUCACCGGCGAGCUCUACCCUACGGAAAGACUGUUGACUGGCGACGUCAAUGCAGAAGUGCCAGGAGAAGCGUGCAUGGAGGGAGUGGAGCAUCUGGGGCAGUACGUAUUCGAGAUGACCAAGACCAAGGUCAACCAGUUGCAAGCGGAGAGCGCGAUACCCGACCAUGGUAAGAUGGAGGUGCAAGAGACCCCGCUGGAAGACGUAGAAGAGGUCGAAGAGGACGGGGGCGACGUUGAGGUAGAGCCUCUUGUCGAAGGGGAGGAGUGAAGAACGCCGUGGCAGGCGAGGCCAUAAUGAACGCCUGUUGGUUGUAACGAGACGCAGAACUUGACUUGAGUGGGGGCAAACCUGUGGGACAGCAAUCCCGGUUGGCUUUUUACAGCAUCUAGGGAUCUGGGAUGACGAGGAAAUCGAGGAAACAAUAAUGUCCAGAUGCCCAUAUAUGCAGGACCGGACUGGCAAGAUAUCGACGUCGCUGAGCUGUACCCACCACUUGCUGCAAUGGGCUACUAAUUAGCAUGUCCUCUGUCGAAAUAUCCCAAGUGACUACCUCGAGCCCGUGCACUGCUCCGAGAGUUCGAGGAAACGAAAACUAUCAGGCAACCAUUCUAGAAUAAUGUGUGGAAUGUCUGACGUUGAAAGGACGACGGUUGAAUGGUUC